AUGGCAGGAGGAGGUUUGGGGGGUCAAAGUGAUGGGAGAAACUAUGAAGGUGGUGUCACUGCUUUUGUGGUCAUCGCUUGUUUGGUGGCAGCCAUGGGGGGCCUCAUGUUUGGGUAUGAUAUUGGUAUAUCAGGAGGGGUAACAUCAAUGGAUUCAUUUCUGAAAACGUUUUUCCCCAGAGUGUACAAUAAAGAGAAUGGAAAUCACAAGGAUAAUAUGUACUGCAAAUUUGAUGAUCAUGUGCUAACAUUGUUCACAUCUUCACUCUAUCUCGCGGCCUUGAUAUCUUCCUUCAUUGCUUCUGCAAUAACCAGGAGGUUUGGCCGAAAGAUGUCUAUGCUGUUUGGAGGCUUGGUUUUUCUCGGAGGAGCUAUAAUAAAUGGUGCUGCUAUCAAUGUUGCAAUGCUUAUUAUUGGUCGUUUGAUGCUUGGUGUGGGUGUUGGAUUUGCUAAUCAGUCUGUUCCGGUUUAUCUAUCUGAAAUGGCACCGGAAAAAUUUAGAGGAGCACUCAAUAUUGGAUUUCAAAUGGCAAUCACAAUCGGUGUUUUGGCUGCCAAUCUCAUCAAUUAUUUAACUUCCAAGAUAGAAGCCGGAUGGGGAUGGAGAGUUUCCUUAGGCCUUGCAGCAGCCCCGGCAAUUUUUUUUACUAUUGGAUCUCUCUUUCUGCCUGAUACCCCCAAUUCCAUUCUUGAGAGAGGCAACUACGAGAAGGCGAAGAAAAUGUUGCGAAAAAUUCGAGGCUCGAAUAACGUCGACAAGGAGUUUCAAGAUCUUGUUGAUGCUAGUGAGGCUGCAAAGAAAAUUGAACACCCAUGGAAGAACUUCGCCCACCCAAAACAUAGACCUCAACUUACCAUUUGCACCUUCAUUCCUUUCUUCCAACAACUUACAGGAAUUAAUGUAAUCAUGUUUUAUGCACCUGUUCUCUUUAAGACUCUAGGUUUUGGUGAUGGUGCCUCACUUGUUUCUGCUGUCAUUACGGGCGUAGUCAAUGUUGUGGCCACUGCUGUUUCCGUUUAUUCAGUUGAUAAGGUAGGAAGGAAGGCCUUGUUUCUUGAAGGUGGCUUGCAAAUGAUUAUAUGUCAGGUUAUUAUUGCAAUCAUGAUAGGGCGUGCUUUUGGGACACAAGGAGUGGGAGAAAUGUCUAAAAGUUUAUCCUCCUUCGUGCUAUUUUUGAUAUGUGCAUAUGUAGCAGCUUUCGCAUGGUCUUGGGGUCCAUUGGGAUGGCUAGUGCCUAGUGAAAUUUGCCCUCUGGAGAUCCGGUCAGCAGGACAAGCGACCAAUGUCUCGGUUAACAUGUUCUUCACCUUUGUGAUUGGCCAAUUCUUCCUUUCUAUGCUUUGUCAUUUGAAGUUUGGUCUCUUCUUAUUCUUUGCCGGAUUUGUUGUUCUCAUGACUAUUUUUGUAUGCUCUUUUGUGCCUGAGACCAAGAAUAUCCCAAUUGAAGAAAUGAAUCAAGUGUGGGAAAAACAUUGGUUAUGGCGCAAGUAUGUCUCAAUUGAUAACAUUACUAGCAGGAAGAGCAGCAUACCCUAG